AUGAAGCGCAAUGUCAUUCCUUCGGAUUCAACUCGCAUGGUGAAAUGGAAUCAAGGAAACCAUCAAUGUCUCAUCCUUAAUGUGGACGGCAGUUGUCUCGGAACCCCAAUCCGGGCUGGGUUCGGAGGUAUAUUUCGAAACAACGUUGGUGCUUACCUAUCUGGUUACUCCGGUUUCAUCCCGGAAUCAACGGACGUUUUGUUAGCUGAACUCACUGCCCUUCAUCAAGGCUUACUCAUGGCAGCUGCAAUGGGAAUAGAAGAGUUAUCUUGCUACUCAAACUCGCUUCUAUCCAUCAAUCUCAUUACAGGAACAGCUUCAAACUACCAUGCUUACGCUGUCUUAAUACAAGAUAUCAAGGACCUCCUAUCUGCACAAAAUUACUCAGUUCAUCAUUGUCUCCGUGAAGGAAAUCAAUGUGCGGAUUACUUGGCAAAAUUGGGAGCUUCAUCGAAUGAAGAGUGUUUAGUACAUGCCUCCGCCCCUCAAGAACUUCUUGUUUUGCUUCAGAUGGAUGCAAUAGGAACUCUGUUUCCUAGAGCCUAG